GAACGCCUUCUAAUGAGCCUGCUGCCCAGAAAUGUUGCCAUGGAGAUGAAGGAGGACUUCCUGAAUCCACCAGAAAGAAUCUUCCAUAAGAUAUACAUCCAACGACAUGACAAUGUCAGCAUCCUGUUUGCAGACAUUGUGGGCUUUACCAGUUUAGCUUCACAGUGCACGGCCCAGGAGCUGGUCAAACUGCUGAACGAGCUCUUUGGGAAGUUUGAUGAGCUUGCUACUGAAAACCAUUGCAGGAGGAUUAAGAUCUUGGGAGACUGUUAUUACUGUGUGUCCGGCCUGACCCAGCCCAAAGCGGACCACGCUCACUGCUGUGUGGAGAUGGGUCUGGACAUGAUCGACACCAUCACGUCUGUUGCAGAGGCUACUGAGGUGGACCUGAACAUGCGUGUGGGUUUGCACACGGGCCGUGUGCUGUGCGGGGUUCUCGGGCUCCGCAAGUGGCAGUAUGACGUCUGGUCCAAUGACGUGACACUGGCCAACAUGAUGGAGGCAGGAGGACUGCCUGGGAAGGUUCAUAUCACCAGAGCAACGCUGGAAUGUCUGAAUGGAGAUUAUGAGGUGGAGCCGGGAUUCGGCCACGAGAGACACUCUUUCCUCAGCAAACACGCCAUCGAGACGUUCUUCAUCGUGCCCUCACACAGACGCAAGAUUUUUCCUGGGCUGAUCCUAUCAGACAUAAAGCCAGCGAAAAGGAUGAAGUUUAAGACAGUGUGUUACCUUCUGGUGCAGCUCAUGCACUGCAGAAAGAUGUUCAAGGCUGAGAUCCCUUUCUCCAACGUCAUGACCUGUGAGGAUGAUGACAAGAGACGAGCGCUGCGAACAACUUCCGAGAAGCUGCAGAAUCGGACGUCAUUUUCGGCAGGCAUGGUGCAGAACUCUCCCGGGACCAGAGUGAACCGUUACAUCGGCCGUCUGAUAGAAGCACGACAGACGGAGUCUGAGACAGCAGACCUCAACUACAUUACCCUCACAUACAGGAGCAGAGAGAGAGAGCAGAGAUAUCAGCAAGUGUAUGACGAUGCCUUCAUCAGUGCGGUGGUUAUCUCGCUUGUCCUCACUUCAUUUUUUGCAGUGGUCUAUUUUCUCAUCAUUCCUCAAGGUUUUCUGGUUGUGAUUCUGCUGGUUCUCUGUUUGUGUUUCCACAUGGCAAGUGUGAUGUACCUUCACAUCACUCAUGUGCAGUGCUCUCCUGACUGUCUGACCCUGCAGAUCAGAACGGUUCUGUGUGGGUUUCUGGUGCUGCUGAUGUACUCCGUGACCCAGGGGUGUGUGGUGGAAUGUGUACCGUGGUCACUGGAGGGGAAUUCCAAUGUCUCCAUGGUGACAAUUGUCACAGUCAACGGGACCGGCGUGGGCUCCAGGGUGUGCAAAUACACUCCGUAUGUAUUUUUAUCAUGUGUGAUGGCUUCGCUAUCUGUGGCUCUGUACCUCCGUGUGUCAUCACUACCCAAGAUCCUCCUGCUUCUCCUUCCCAACAUCCUCCACACUGUCGUCAUGGAGACCAGCGGCUAUCGGAAGGCCAUAGGAGGUGGAUUCUUUCACACACAUGGCUAUGACCCGGUUCUGGCAAUGCUGUUGUUUUCUGGAGCUCUAGUGCUUCACUGCAGACAGCUGGACCUCAAACUCAGACUGGACUACCUCUGGGCCACCCAGGCUGAGGAGGAGAGAGAUGACAUGGAGAGAGUGAAGUUGGACAAUAAAAGGAUUCUGUUCAACCUUCUGCCUGCACAUGUAGCUCAACACUUUCUGCUGUCCAACCCGCGAAACAUGGACCUGUAUUAUCAGUCCUACUCUCAGGUGGGCGUCCUGUUCGCCUCCAUCCCCAACUUUAAUGACUUCUACAUUGAGCUGGAUGGAAACAACAUGGGUGUGGAAUGCCUCCGGCUGCUAAACGAGAUCAUCGCCGACUUUGAUGCGCUGAUGGAUAAGGAAUGCUACAGAGACAUUGAGAAGAUCAAAACGAUUGGCAGUACUUACAUGGCUGCGGUCGGACUCGUCCCCACUGCAGAAUCCAAGGUAAAGAAGUCCAUUUCUGUGCACCUGUGCACAGUGGCUGAUUUCGCCAUUGAGAUGUUUGACGUACUGGAUGCGAUCAACUACCAGUCCUACAAUGACUUUGUGCUUCGAGUUGGAAUCAACGUGGGUCCAGUGGUUGCCGGCGUAAUCGGGGCUCGGAGGCCUCAGUACGACAUCUGGGGAAACACAGUCAACGUCGCCAGCAGAAUGGACAGCACUGGCGUUCAGGGGAAAAUACAGGUGACCGAGGACGUCUUCCGCCUACUCUCUGGUUAUUAUCACUUCCAGUGUCGUGGCCAGGUCAGCGUGAAGGGCAAAGGUCAAAUGCUCACCUACUUUCUGGAGGGCCGAACCGUGCAAGGUGGGCAGCACAUGCGACCCAAGAGCCCCGAGCACGGGUCGAGCCCUUGCAUCCGGACCAAACUGGGAUCAGCACCUGCUGUCAGCAGCUACGGGGUGAAAAGUCACACCGUAGGGCACGUUAGCACUCCAAACAACAGCAUUAUGUACCUGCCCUCUGUUUCCGUCGACAUGGAGAUGGAGGUGUGAUCGCCAAGAAGACUGGUUCUAUGGUGAUCAAUCGAUGCAUUAGUAAAUCAGAGGCAGGGAGGGAAACCGAGCACAAGGUAGGAAGUAAGAUGAAAAACGAGGAGAGACGAGACAGUCUUUGCACUGAGGAGAGAAACAUUCAAACGUGCCAAACCGAGAAAGGCCCUCCCCCCUUCACGCAAGUACAUUAUAAGCAUGUAUGUCUUUCCGUGUGCACGUAUGCGUGUGUUUCAAUGAGUCUUCCCCGACCAACAGGAUAUCAGGGUCUCCUAAACGGGAGCAUGCGAUCUACUGCAAAAGGCAGCUUCACACCAGCCGAGGAGACACAUACCCAACGUGUGUGUGAGAGUGUGCGUCUGUGUGCAUGUGUUAUCUUGCAUCUGAAAAUGUCAAGAGAUGCCACGGCAAUGAAUAU